GCAUCCGGGCUGCGGGCGGAAGUGAGCGAAUUUGAAUCGCGUAGGCCGUUGGAUGGGGCAGCUCUUACUCUCCUUGCGGCGCGGCGCAAGAAGGGAAAAGUGACAUCAGAGCUCUGGAGAUGCUGCCCCGCGCUCCUUGUAAAAUGAAUGAAAGUAAACCUGGUGGCUCACAGAAUCUUGUUUGUGUUUUCUGUCGAAAAAAUGAUGACUGUCCUAAUAAAUAUGGAGAAAAGAAAACUAAUGAGAAAUGGAAUCUCACUGUACAUUACUAUUGUUUGUUGAUGUCAAGUGGAAUUUGGCAGAGAGGUAAAGAAGAAGAAGGAGUUUAUGGUUUUCUAAUAGAAGACAUCAGAAAAGAAGUGAAUAGAGCUUCUAAACUGAAAUGUUCUAUUUGCAAGAAAACUGGUGCUUCAAUUGGAUGUGUUGCACCCCGAUGUAAACGAAGUUAUCAUUUCCCAUGUGGACUUCAGAGAGAAUGUAUUUUCCAAUUCACUGGCAAUUUUGCGUCAUUUUGUUGGAAACAUCAACCUGUUCAAAUAAUUACGUCUAAUAAUUGUAGAGACUCAUUACCAUGCACCAUUUGCCUAGAAUUCAUUGAGCCUAUUCCAACUUACAGCAUAUUACGAAGUCCUUGUUGUAAGAAUGCUUGGUUUCAUAGAGACUGUUUACAGGUUCAAGCAAUAAAUGCAGGAGUGUUUUUCUUUAGGUGCACAAUAUGCAAUAAUAGUGAUAUAUUUCAGAAAGAGAUGUUGAGAAUGGGAAUUCAUAUUCCUGAAAAAGAUGCAUCUUGGGAAUUAGAGGAGAAUGCUUAUCAAGAGCUUUUGCAGCACUAUGAGCGCUGUGAUGUCCGAAGAUGUCGUUGCAAAGAAGGGCGAGAGUAUAAUGCACCUGAUAGCAAAUGGGAAAUAAAGCGCUGUCAGUGUUGUGGUUCUAGCGGAACACAUGUAGCCUGUUCCUCACUACGAUCAUGGGAACAAAAUUGGGAAUGUUCGGAAUGUAGAGGUAUCCUCUACAAUUCAGAUUUCCAAAAAGCCAAAAAACGUACAUUACCCAAUGCUAAUAAUGGGGGAAUAACUGAUUGCUUGUUGGAAGAAUCAUCACCCAAAUUACCCAGACAGUCACCUGGAACCCAGCAUAAAGAUCUGCUGAGGCAAGGCAGCAAAUUUAGAAGAGAUAUAUCAACUAUAAUGGUAGAUUUAGGAUUCCAAAUUAAAAAGAAAAACAAAAAACUAUGUAUCAACAAGUCAAAUGUCUGGAAUAGUGCUUUAGAUGGAUUCAGAAAUCAAAACUUUAAUCCUUCAUACACAAUUGAAGUAGUAUAUGUUAAUGAAAAUGAUAAUUUUGGACAAGAGCAUCCUGGAUCAAAGCAAGAAUUCCUAAGUCUCUUAAUGCAGCAUCUUGAGAACUCACCGUUGUUUGAAGGGUCCUUGUCAAAGAACUUGUCUCUGAAUUCUCAAGCUCUGAAGGAGAAUCUUUAUUAUGAAGCUGGCAAAAUGCUUGCCAUUUCUUUGGUUCAUGGUGGUCCUGCACCUGGUUUCUUUUCUAAAACCUUAUUUAACUGCCUUGUUUAUGGACCAGAAAAUACCCAACCAAUUAUAGAUGAUGUUUCAGAUUUUGAUGUGGCACAAAUUAUAAUCAGGAUAAAUACUGCGACAAAUAUGACUGACUUAAACUCAGUAAUAAAUGAAUGCUCUAACUACUUAGAGCUCAUUGGAUGUCUAAGACUUGUAACAUCAUUAAGUGAUAAAUAUAUGCUGGCGAAAGACAUACUUGUUUACCAUGUAAUUAAAAGAGUCCAAGCACCCUUUGAGAGUACAGUUAAAAAUCCUGAACAUGACAUGAAACUAGCAUAAGAAGACUUUGAAAGGUGGAGAAAUGAAGGCAGACUACCUGGGAAUGUCAGGUCUCAAGGAAUCAUACAGUAGAGAGAAGAGGAAGUCUAGACAUUCUUGUAUGAAAGAAAAACAACUUGUCACCAGCAGACCUACUCUAAAGAAUGGCUAUAGGAGUUCUUCAAAACAGCAAUUUUUUUAAGAUGGAAUCUUAGAACAUCAGAAAGAAAGAAAAAUGAAAAGAAUAAAAGCAUUUUUCCUUCUCCUCUUGUGUUUUCUAAAUAUGUCUGAUGGUUGAGGCAAAAACUAUAACAUUGUCUAAUGUAGUUCACAGUGUAUGUGGAAGAAAUAUUUGGGAAGUUACACUAUAAACAGGAAAAAGUCAUAGGGCCUCAAAGAGAGAGAAGGAUUCUAUACUUAACAGAUACAAUAUUGACACCAGUAGACUAUUAAAAAAAGAAAACUGUACCAAAAAUAUACUCAAAAACACUACAGAUAAAAAUGGAGUGAAAAGAAAAUAUUUAAGUGACCCAGAAGAAAACAAGAAAAGGAAGCAGAAACAAAAAUGAUCAUGUAAAUGAAAACUUGGUCAUUGUUAAAUGCUAAGUGACUGAGAAAACUGGUGAUCUCAGAGGAAUGUGAGGAUUUGCUCAUAACAGAGAAAGAAAUUGAAAACGAGGGAUCAUCAAAGUUAGAAUAAGAUAGUGCCACACAUAUAUUUAAUUAAACAAGAAGGAGGCAGGGCAAAAUUAUAGAAAAUACUGCUUGAGAAGUUCCUCAGAUUCACAGGGUUUAAUGAGUCAAAGGAGUGUACUUUUUGAUGAAACUGCAUGCUGAGCAAAAAGGUAUUAUUGUAAAAGUGAAUUAUCAAUUGUGACUGAAAAAACUUCAGUCACAUCAACAUUGAAAAUGGGAAGUAAUAACUUGGCAGAACUGAGAGGAAAUGACAUUUGGGGACAGUUUACUUUUUUCCUAAAGAGAUUAAUAAAAUACAUACUUAAGACAGAAAUUGAACCCAUAAGGAAAAAGUAGAUAUAAGAGGCAGUUGUGGGCAAAGAAAUGAAAAAAAAAGCAAGCAUUGGCCAUUAAAAAACAACUACAUUUGGUAAGGAAUUGUUAAAAUAACAUACUACAGAAAGAUUAUUCUGUAGGAAGAGAAGGGAUAUGAUUGGAUUUACUGUUUUAAGGGACUUGGUGAGAUAAUAGUAGGGAAGCAAUAUUAGCUUUAGAUUGGCAAAUCAAGUAUAUAUCUCUUUAAGGAAAAUUCUAAAAUAACAAGAAAUGUGUGUAAUUUACAAACCAGUUUGGUGUGGGGAUGGAAUGGAUAAAUAAACCUUGUUUUAAUCUUACAGUGGAAAGAAAAAGGGAUUAAAACAAGAAAAACACAUGUUCAGAGAAAGCACAAUAUAAGGCAGAAAAACAAUUUACAUAGAUUGGUAAUUUUUAUAAAUGUAAGUAUCUUAGACCCAUGUAUUAAAAGACAGAGGAUAUUAAAUUUUACACUUUACAUUAAAAUUACAUUUAAAUAAAUGUAAAGCAAAAAUAAUGAGAUUCUAAUCUUAAAAAACCACCACCACCACCAAACCUGUCCUUAAGUGAUCCUAGUGGUGAUAAAAAGAAUAAAUUCCAUUGGAAAACUAAAUAGUAUUGAAUCUGUUUGUACCUAACAUGACCUCAAGAUACAUAAACAAAAACUGACAGAAGACGGCACAGAAAUUGUUAAAUAUGUGGUAAUAGUGGAAUAUGUUAAACAUGGAUCUUUUAGGAGUUAAUAGUUGAAGCAAAUAAUUAUGAUCUAAAAUAACAAAAAAACCAUGAUCAUACAAUUACAGAUGCAGAAAACAUUUAAUACAUUUAAAUAUUUAUAUAUAAUUUUAAACUAACAAUUCAAAAUAUGACUAUAAAGAGUAUCUUCUAAACAUUUAGCAAACAUUAUCCCUAAUGGUGAAGUAUAGGCAUUCCUAUAAUAUUUAAUAUUAUUAUAAGAUACAACAUUAUAAUAAUAAGGCUACAAGCAGCUGAUGAUAACACAUAAUUACCCACUUUUUCUUCUCUACAAUAUGCUGGAGAUCUUUGCCAAGCAACAAGACUAAAUGAAUAAGGGAAUGUCAUUAAGGAUUGGAAGAACUAAAUUAUCAUUUAUUGUCUACCUAAAAUAAAUAAAUUCUUAUAUAAAGAGUUUAGCAAGAUAACUGGGUACAAGAAGCCAAAGAUUCUAGCAGGGAGGUUUGCAAGAAGGAAUGGUAAAAAAUGGGUAGACAUUAGAGUUAACCCAAGACUGAAAAAAAGUUAAUUGGGGAGUUUGUGUUACAAUAUGGAACUAAAGUAAAUUUCAAGUAGCAUAGAAGAAUGAGAGCAAUUAGAGUUAAAGUGUUGUAGGAUCUUGUGUUCAGGAAGAGGAUAAUACAUUGAUUCACUUUAAAUUUCAUAUGCCUAUUAAAAUCUUGAGGUAAUUAUUUAAAAAAUAAGAAUUAGUAUAAGUUUUAAAAUAGAAGGUAAAUUGGAUUUUAAAAGGUGAAUACAAAAAUUGGCAGGAAGGAAUAAAACAUUUUUAAAAGGCAGUACAAUUGUCCAAAAUAACGUGAUAGAAGAUUUGCUAUCAUAAUAGUUAAAUAAGUGAAAAAUACUCUCAAGCAAUUUGCAGAAAAAUAAAUAUACAGUAUGAUACCCUUUAUAAAAUGCUUCAAAACAAGUAGAGCAAUACUAGCUGGGAUACAAAUAUUGUGAAACUAAAAUGAAAUGUGGACUAUAGUAAAAAUUUCAAGAUAGUAGUUAAAUAACAAUUUCAAAUAGUUUCCUUUGUAGAGUAAGAGAACAAAAAAAGUGGCAGGAUUUAGUAAACAAUAUUUUUCUUAAAAAUCGGAUAAACAAUGUUAAUAUUUGUUAAAAUCAAAUGACAGUUUGUGGUUUUCUGUUAAUCCCCAGAUUUUUAUGUAACCUUAAGAUACUUGAUUAUUAAAAGUAAAAUUUUUACAGUGAACUUUGGCUGUAAUUCACUUCAGAGAUAAGCAGACAGGGAAGGGUUGUUUUCUGGAGGGCAUUGGAAGCCAUGUUAAGGAGUUUGGACUUCUGUUUCAUUAAAGAGUGUGUGUGGAUCAGUUUCAUUUGGUUGCUGUAAAAAACUAAUCAAAAUAGAGUGGCUUACAACAAAUUUAUUUUCCCACAAUUGUGGAGGCUAGGAGUACAAAAUCCAGUUAUCAGGGCUGCACUCUUUCUGGGAAUUUAAGAGACAAAUCCAUUCUUUGCCU